GGAGCGGGGACACCAAACUGUCAGGCAGCGGUGGCUCAGCAUCGUGGGAUAAACCUCUUUUUCUGCUCUGUCUGACGCUGGGAAGAAGUCCGGUGAAAGCCCAGCUGCAGCAAGAUGGGAUCAGCUUCCUCAACUUACCGACCCAAGUGUAUUUAUUUGGAUAUCGAUGGAAGAAUUCAAAAGGUGAUCUUUAGUAAAUAUUGCAACUCCAAAGACAUCAUGGACCUCUUCUGCAUUGCAACAGGGUUACCAAGGAACACAACUAUCUCCCUUUUGACAGCAGACAAUUGUAUGGUAUCCAUUGAUCCGACAAUGCCUGCAAACACAGAGAGGUCUCCAUACAAAGUGAUACCUGUUGCAACUGGGCAGCUCUCAGAGAAAGAAGAAUUGUUCCAGAAUUUACUGGGACAGAUUGCUGAGCAGUUCUCAAGGGUUUUUAAAAUCAACGAGCUGAAAACGGAAGUAGCAAAUCACUUGGCAAUGCUGGAGAAAAAGGUUGAAUUGGAAGGCCUGAAAGUAGUGGAGAUUGAGAAAUGCAAGAGCGACAUUAAAAAGAUGAGGGAGGAAAUGGCAGCAAGAAGCAGCAGGACUAACUGUCCCUGCAAGUACAGCUUUUUGGAUGAAAACAAGAGGCUGACUCCCCGGAGGGAUGUACCAACCUACCCAAAGUACAUGCUGUCCCAGGAGACCAUUGAAGCACUUCGAAAACCAACCUUUGAUGUCUGGCUGUGGGAACCCAACGAGAUGCUGAGCUGUUUGGAACACAUGUACCAUGAUCUUGGGUUGGUAAAAGACUUCAACAUCAAUCCUAUCACGUUAAAGAGGUGGUUGCUAUGUAUUCAUGACAAUUACAGAAACAAUCCCUUUCAUAAUUUUCGGCACUGCUUCUGUGUGACUCAGAUGAUGUACAGCAUGAUCUCACUCUGCAGCCUCCAGGAGAAGUUUUCCCAAAUAGACAUUUUGAUUCUCAUGACCGCAGCAGUGUGCCAUGACUUGGACCAUCCAGGCUAUAACAAUACCUACCAGAUAAAUGCACGAACUGAGCUUGCUGUACGCUACAAUGACAUCUCCCCACUGGAGAACCACCACUGUGCUGUGGCUUUCCAGAUCAUUUCCCAGCCAGAAUACAACAUUUUCUCCAACGUCGACCAGGACCAAUUCAAACAGAUAAGACAGGGGAUAAUUACGUUAAUCCUGGCUACAGACAUGGCGAGACACGCAGAAAUACUGGACUCUUUCAAGGAAAAAAUGGAAAAUUUUGAUUACUCAAAUGAAGAACACAUGACCUGUCUGAAGAUGGUACUGAUAAAAUGCUGUGAUAUCUCCAAUGAAGUCCGCCCGAUGGAAGUAGCAGAGCCCUGGGUAGAUUGCUUACUAGAGGAAUAUUUUAUGCAGAGUGACCGAGAAAAAUCUGAGGGGCUUCCAGUGGCACCGUUCAUGGACCGCGACAAAGUGACGAAGCCGACAGCCCAGAUUGGCUUCCUCAAGUUCGUCCUCAUCCCCAUGUUUGAAACAGUAACAAAGCUAUUUCCAGAAGUGGAGGAGGUGAUGCUCCAGCCCCUUUGGGAAUCCAGAGACCACUAUGAGGAAUUAAAACAGAUAGAUGAUGCUAUGAAAGAGUUGCAGAAAAAGAAAAAUGAAAAUUUGACCACCAGCAGUACUGAAAAGUGAAAUGAAGAAGUCUUUGAGCAAAACAUAAGCCCUAAGAUUAUUCCAGUUUUGAGAAACGCUCUUUUUUGCCAAACAGACGUGGUGGCUACGUCAAAAUCCAACUGGGACUAUGUAUGUGGAGAGGUGGCAGAGACAGAUGCCCUGCCUGCCUGCCUUGCCUGCCCAGGCACCUUAUCUACAGCCUGCAGCCUGCUCACACAUGGGCUGCCACCACUGGGCACCAAGGGCUCCUCUCCCUCCCACAUGCCCAUCACAGCCUCCUUGGCAGGACUUUCCCUGCAGUCACUCCACAGGUUGCAGCACAGCUCAAAUCUUCAGCACGUUUGCCUUUUUGGUGACCACACUUACCACAGUCUGUAGAGACAAAGUGGAGUUUAGCUAAGGAGCCUUUUCUGGAAAAUAAUCCGCUGGCAUCCAAAAACAAAAGAAAAAGUUGUUUUAGUCUAGAUACUACAUAUAUGAGUAUGGCAGUAUGCUAGUUACAGCAUAGCAUAACAGAUGCUUAUUUUCUGACAGGGGCACUGGCAUAAAUUUUUAUUUGCCUGGUAAGCCCUAAUGACACAUUUCUCUGUAUUAUUCUCAGAAUUUUAUAGUGUUCAGAGUACAUUCAGAAGCCCAGCAUAGUGGAUGCAAUUUUGUUUUGUUUUCUACAUUAGAAGAAAUCAAAAGAAACCUUAGUGAGUUUGCAGGUUCACUCUGUGGCCUUGUACAGCUAGACAUCAUGGGAUCUUUCAGCAAAAACAAAGAAGGGAGUCUAAAGCUCAAACCACUGUGCAAACGUAUUUUUAUCCUUGUGGAUGCAAACAUCAACAAAAGGAAAAACCUUCCAAGAUGUACAGAUUUUUUUUUUUUACUUUUAAACUGAUCUGCUAGAUAAUAUAUUCUUCUACAGAAAUGGGUGUUGUGCUUGUUUUCUUUU